AUCAUCGCACCACUACUUUCUACCUCGUGCGAGCCGCCGCCGACGAAGACGAAGCAGAAGCACCGCACGCUCAUGACAUAAGACGAGACCGUGCCAAGGGCGCUCACAGGACGCUUACGAUGGGGAUCUCGGGCCUCUUGCCGCUCCUCAAGGACAUCCAGAGAGAGGCACAUGUGCAAGACUACCGGGGCAAGACGCUGGGCAUCGAUGCCUACGUCUGGCUCCACAGAGGCGCCUACGGAUGCGCUCAAGAUCUGGCCAUGGGCCGUCCGACGACGGCCUACAUGAAUCUGGCCUUAAGCAGACUGCAUAUGCUCAAACACUAUGGCAUCACGCCGUAUGUCGUCUUUGACGGAGGUCACCUCCCAGCCAAGCGAGGUACAGAGGAUGAGCGAAGGAGACGCCGCGACGAGCACCUGCAGCAAGCGAGGAAAUUCCUGGGCCAGGGACGGCAGAAGCAAGCGUUUGAGCACUUUACCAAGUGCGUCGAUGUGACGCCGGCGAUGGCCUACCAGCUCAUUAAGGUGCUCCGAGAGCAGGACAUCGACUACAUCGUUGCGCCCUAUGAGGCCGACGCCCAGCUGGCCUAUCUCGAAAGGCGCGGCGUCAUCGAUGGCAUCAUCACCGAGGACUCUGACCUGCUUGUCUUUGGAUGCCAGACGGUCCUGUACAAGCUCACGCCCGAGGGUAACUGCAUCGAGGUGCGACAGAGCGAAAAGGCACGAUGUCGGUCGCUUCCCUUUACUGCCUUUCCCGAGGAGUCCUUUCGGCAGAUGGCCAUCUUGUCCGGUUGCGACUACCUCGAUUCGAUUCCGGGCAUGGGGCUCAAGACGGCGCACAAGCUCCUCAAGCGCUUCAAGACCGUGUCCAAGGCCCUCUCUGCCGCGAGGAUGGACGGGAUGAAUGUGCCGCCGACGUACGAAAGGGACUUUGAACGCGCGGAAAAGACGUUUGUGUACCAGCGUGUCUUUGAUCGAGACGAGCAAGGCCACUUCCGGCUCGUUACUCUCACGCCUGCCUCGUCCUACGAUGGCGAUCUGGACGCCGACGACUGCAUCGGUGCCGAUUUGCCCGAGGAGCUUGCCAAGGGCAUUGCUCGCGGCGACAUUGAUCCCAUCACCCGACUCCCCGUCGAAGGGCUACUUACGAGGACCAGCUCCGCUUCCGCCGGGCCAAUGUCGUCGAGCAGCUCGUCGAAAAAGACGAUCAACAGGGCAUACAGCGCCCCGUCACGAUUCAACAAGCAAGCCAAAUCGGAGCCCGGGCAGCGGGGUAUUAAGGGCUUCUUUGCUGUCGCAAAGGGCGAGUCGUCGAAGUCCUGUUCUCGACAACAAGAAACGCCCUCUCGGGCUCCGCUGGCGCCAAGAUCGGUUAAUCAGUCGGUGUCCAAGCAAAGCUCGAGCGAUGCAGUCGAAGGCGAGGCAAGCAAAUUCUUUGCAAAGGUGUCACCGGCCAAGGAGGCAGACACCAGCCUAGCAACUUUCACGCCUCGCUCCAAACGACAGCGGACUGACAGCUUGGCGAGCGCAGACUCGGUAUCGUCGCCCGCCUCUUCGGCACACGUCUCGCCUCAGGCGCGCAAGCUCAAAGAUCUACUCUCUUCGGAUCCAGUCGACGUGGACACGGAUGUAGAGGAUGUCGAUGAGGAUCGCUUGACCAACGUGUCGAUGUCCUGGAAGACAAAAUUUGCGUACUCGCCGGACAGUACGCUGACGCCUCGCGGCAAGCCUGCGGCCGUCAUGGAGAGUGUCAAGAGGAGGAGGUCGAACGCGCUCAGCAUCGAUGAAGGAACGACUUCGAAGAGGAACAUCACCGUUACAGAAGAAGACCACUUCUCGUCCACCACCGUGAGCCGCCGAGAGGAGCCUAAUACGCCGAGCAUUACGAUGGGCAGGCUCGAAAUCGGCAGCGGCACCCUCGCUGCGUCGGAUCCACCAUCGCCGCCGCCUGCUCUGCUUGCGGCUUCCGGCGGCCACCAUCGAGUUGCCGCCGUUCGGCCUUCGCUCGAGAGCUUCCGCUGCCCACGCGGCAGCAAUUGACAGUGAUCCUUACUGACACACACAUCGCAUCUACUUCUCUGCCUCCCUCCACUCAUUUGUUAUAACAAGAGAUCCCCUUUACCCACGCAAGAACAAUGUACCGGUAUCCUUAGCU